ACCGAAAGAGAAGGGUUCCAUUUUCAUUGCGAAGGCCCUUGUUAUCGGAGGAGGGUCCUUCUCUAUAUCUUCUCCGCUCACGCUGCCCUAGAUUCUCUCCAGCCCUCUCGUUUCAACACCCUCGUCAAUCUCCGAUCAUCCCCCUCAAAAAUGGCCAACGCAGCAUCGGGGAUGGCUGUGCAUGAUGACUGCAAAUUGAAGUUUUUGGAAUUGAAGGCAAAAAGAACCUACCGCUUCAUAGUUUUCAAGAUAGAGGAAAAACAAAAGCAGGUUGUUGUUGAAAAGGUUGGCGAGCCUACUGAAAGCUAUGAGGACUUCACUGCAAGCCUUCCUGCUGAUGAAUGCCGAUAUGCCGUUUAUGAUUUUGACUUUGUAACGGAGGAGAAUUGCCAAAAAAGCAGGAUUUUCUUUAUUGCAUGGUCACCUGAUACUUCAAGGGUGAGAAGUAAGAUGAUUUAUGCAAGCUCUAAGGACAGAUUCAAGAGGGAGUUGGAUGGCAUUCAGAUAGAGUUGCAAGCGACUGAUCCUACUGAGAUGGGACUUGAUGUCAUUCGAAGCCGUGCUAGUUGAGUAUGCAUUGUGGGCCUUGCAAUGGAGACUUCCUCCAUAAAAUCUGCUUUACUUUAAAUGUUUAUAGUUUGUGAGACGGUGAAUUUGGCUAGAUAUGAUAUUGGUUUGUUAUCCAAGUUCUACCGUACAGUUUAUGUCUUCUUCUAGAUCAACACCAGUGAUUUUGGGUAUAUCUUGUGAUUGUUAUUUGUGGAACCUAUGUGACGCGUGUCUCCUUGUAGUCUGAUAUCUACAAGCUAAUGUUAUGUAACAGUUUAUUGGGGGUAGACAACACCUGUAGUUUGUUUUUACAACUUUGAAAUGGAUGUUUGACCCAUAUUAUCUUUAUUUGGAUUGCAGAGAAGGCAAACUUUUAUGCCUUUC